AUGCUCUGUAACAUAAUUCAUUCAUCUGAUGUUCGUCCCGGUGAUCAUUUAUAUCGAUAUCGAUGGUUUGAAAUACAACAAGGUGUUGCCGUUCAAUUUCCAAAAUUAUCAACCAUAUUUGUUAUUACAUAUUAUAAAAACACACUUACACUGGUUACUCUAAAAGAAUUUAAAGGACAAAGUUGUUUAAAACGUGUGACCUAUAAACAAGACAAUAAUAAUUAUGCAAAUAAACUGAAAUUUAAUCGCCGUCGACCAUCAGAAGAAAUAGUUGAAAAUGCUUUUCUUCUACUCAAUUGGAUAAAAAUUUCACCUGAUCGUGUUAAAUCACUUCUUGGUAAUGAUCUAUCUCAAUUCGCUCGUAAAUGCUGUACAACAGUUCAUCAAGAAUGGCAUAAUGCUUUUCAUCCAAAUCCAGAACACACAUCUACAAAAAAACAUUUUGACACAAAACAAAUAUCUCGUAAUAAUGAUUCAUUCAAUGCUGCACUUAUGUGUGGAAUUCCUUUUCGUCAAGCUUCAAAGAUUGGAACUGAUGAAUUUUGGACUGAUAAAUAUGAUAACAAAAAUUGUUCGUCACAAACUACGAGAAACGAUGAUGAAGAUCACUUGUUAUUACUUCUAGAAGAUACUUCAAAUGAACCUAUGGUGUUUUCUUCUACAUUAAAUGAACUUUCAUCAGAUGAUGAAUUUUUGUGA